AUGAAUGACCUACAUAACGCACAGUUACAUGGCGGAAGUUUUUCGGAUGUUGCAAAAGGUACUGUUGUUCAGAACACCACCAGAGCUCUAACUCAAAGCAAGAUGAGACCACAUGAAAUGUUCUGGGAGCAACUUUGGGAAUAUAUCGGAAAGUAUGGCUUAACCAUGGUGGUCGUUACAGUAUCUAGCGGCUUUCUAAUCGGUUACUUCCUCCACUAUAUAAUGAACAUCAGGCCAUUAAAGAAAAGAAUGAAUAUCGACAAGCGAAUACAGGAGGCAGAAGAGGAGGAGUCAAAAUUAGAGAACAGAGAGAACAGUGACACCUUCGAAGACGAUCCGGUAGAGAAGGAUCAGAAGCAAGUUGGAGUUGUCAAAGGAAUGAUGAAUGUAAAAGUUUUGGCUUCACUACGCAGAAAACCACUCAAAGAAAAUACUAGGAUCGAACCGUGGGAAACUAAACGAGAAGAAAGGAAGAAACCUAUUUUUGAGGAUCGCGUACAAAAUGGUACCAAUUCAGAUAUUGAAGAAAGUGAUAAUUUGGUUGUGACACAGAAUUCUGGCAAAAAGAGGUCUCAAAGUCUUCAGGAGGUUGCCAUCCUAUUAGAAGCAGAUGUGGUUCCGGAUGUGAACACCAGAGGGGAAAAGGCGAACUUCCCCUUACAAAUCGGAGAACCAGAACUAGCAGGAACACUUGAGAUAUCAGUUGAGCCAACGAUUAUAUUUGCUCGAAAAUUUGUGGAAGUUUCUGAAGAUAUGAUCGAGUCAAAACGACAUGUAGCUUGGUGCAGUUGCAACUGUUCACUUUCGGACAGAGACCUACUACAUACUCUUGGAAAACUGCAUGGAAAACUCGCUACCGCACAAUUAAGGGCUAAAACCAGAAAAAUGCAAGCGGACAUGACAGCAGAGGAAAGAGAUGACGAAGCACGUACUAAGGCAAAACAACUCGAAUCGAUUAUGAGUUUAGUGAUGCAGAAUCAGGAAAAAUUCGGGAUGACCAGUGAAGACGAUAUCAAGGAGCAGCUGAAUAUGUACAACUUUUGA